UUGAUUUUGGUGAGUUUUCAUUACGCGAUUUGCCACGUCAUAAUUCAUUCUGUUUGCAGGCGGUGAACGAACUUCCCGAUUUGCUCAAAAAACAACUGGAAAUCGGAAAACUUGAGGUUGAAGAUAUUCCAAAUGACAACAAGAAUAGUAUAUACGUCCAAAUUAAAUCGCUUUUGAAAAGUGAUGAUUCGUAUAUUAUUUUCUCCAGAUUGAUAGAUGGUGAGGUUUUCUGAAUACGUGGUUUUUUCUAUAAAAAAAACUUUCAGUUCUGCCAGCAAAGGAUAUAAUUUCAACUGAACGAAUUUUGAAGAUGUGCGUUGAUUCGGUGAAAUCGGAAAAGGCGAAAAAUCCCCGAAAAGUGUUGAUGAUCCUUAAAAAAGAAGAGGUUAUCAAAAAAUUGAAUAUCUCACGAGAUUUCACGCAAAAAUUGGUUUUGUGCGCGUUGGAGAGUUACAAAUAUUUGGCAGUUGAGAAAAAUCGAUAUGAUUUUAUUGGUAUGUUUUGUUUUGGGGCGUCCCAAAAAUGAUGACAAAUCAUUAUUUUUCAAGCUUCUGGAUUAAUUUCUGAUGAAAUUAAGCGUCGAGAACCCUAUUUUGCUUUAUUUUAUUGUCCUUCCGAAAAAAAAGAACCUUGGAAGAGAACCGACAAGGCCUAGGAAACCAAUACUACAGUAGACUUCGCGAAAUUUUGGAGUCUAUUUGAAAAAUAAAAUGCGAAAUUUACACGCUGGCUAUUUGCCAACCAGUUUGAUAUGCAUGUGUCACGUCAUUUUUAGUCUACUGUACGUGAGCGCCAAUUCAAACGGGGGUUCUUUUAUUUUCGGAAUGACAAUAUGAAUUUUUUCGAAAUUCAUCAAAAUUUAAAUUUUUUUUAUUUUACGAAAAAUCAGCAAAACCUUCUGGAAAGUGAAUUCCAAGGUCAAUUUUAAUCAGAAAUUACUCCAAAAGCUUAAAAAAUAUUGAUUUGUCAUCACUUUUGGCUGAAAAACUCGAAAAACUAAUUUUGACCCACAAUGUUUUUUCGACAUUUUUUGACUUUUCGUGAAUUGAUCUUUCGAUGUUAAAAAAAACAUUUUUUGUUCAAAUCUAAAUCUCAACCCUAAUAUUUUAGCUUGAACAGAAAUUGGACAGGCGUGAAAUUUUCAUUUUUUUUUUUUGAUUUUCGAUUUUUGGACGCCUCAUUUCCGGUUUUAUUCUGAAUGUGCAUUUUCAGGAAGCUUACUGGAGAUUGGUGGAAAUAUUUGUGAAAAGAAGAAUAUUCGGCUGGAUGAAAAUUAUAUGGUAGAAAAAUGGAAGGAAUUGAAGCAUCCUUGGUUUGUCGAAGCCUACUUGAAAACUCGAUUCAAAGUUUUGAAUUUCGAAUCGAUGAGGAUUGAAUAUCCAUGGUUGUCAUUGUUGGAAUGGGAUGCAUCAACAGUCAAUAUAUCCACAUAUUCAGAAGUGGUUAUGGUUUUGACAGCAUGGAUUAGGUGUGAUGAGAAUGUUGGGUGUAUUCUUGAUUGUGUUGAGAAAAUUUUGCCAAAAGAUAUUGAUCGACAGGAACUUUUGGAUAAAAUGGUUUCGAAAAUUGAUGGCUUGGAAAUCUCUGAUGGUAGGAAAGAUGUGAGUGAUUUUUUUUUGUAUUUUUUUUCAAAAAAAAAUAAUUUUUCGUUCAGGAAAUCCGCGAAGAAUGUGAUGCUGCAAUUCACAAAAUCAAAAGCGAGGCAGCAAUAUCGAUACUUGAAUUAACGAUGGAUAAAAUUCAAAUUUCAAAUUCGAAACAAGAAGAAGUUACUCCAAUCGAGCCAGCCUCGGAAGAUGACAAAGAAAAUGAGAUUGUUGAACUCCCCGAAAACAAAGAUGAUUGUUUGUUGCAUUUGGACAAAGAAUAUUGGGAGAAAUUGACAAUUAAUCAACAAUUAUUCAUUAAAAAUUAUCGAGAAGAGGUGCAUCGUAUGGAUAACUAA